AUGUCAAACGUCGAGAUCGCUGAAGAUGAGGCGUCGGCCAACAUGGCCAUGAUAUCGAAUGAGAUUGCAACGGUGAAUUUACCCAACACAGAUAACAGUACGCUGGACGUAAAAGAUUACGAUGAAGAAAAAGGAGAAAUCGGCUCGUAUUCAUCUGCAUCGACUCGUGUUCAGGUGACGCAGCGUAUUAAUCAUGAAGGCGAGGUGAACCGCGCACGAUAUUGCCCGCAAAAUUGUGAUCUGAUCGCUACGCGUGCCGUGAAUGGACUUACCUACGUAUUUGAUCGCACAAAGCACAGCAAUCAGCCAGACAGCGAUGGCAAGUGCCGUCCAGACAUUGUACUGCAGGGUCAGACACGAGAGGGGUAUGGGCUCUCAUGGAACCCUAUCCGACAAGGACAUAUUUUGUGUGCGUCUGAGGAUACGACAGUCUGUCAUUGGGAUCUAAAUGCGUAUCAAAAAGAAAGCAAGAAUUUGAAUCCUGUGCGCACGUAUCAUGGUCAUUCAGCUAUUGUGGAAGACGUGGCUUGGCACAACCACCACGAACAUUUAUUUGCUUCUGUGGGCGAUGACCGACAAAUGUUACUCUGGGAUACGCGUGACUCGAAUGAGGUGCCAAAGUACCGCGUUGAAGCACAUACUGGGGAAGUAAAUGCGGUUUCCUUCAGUCCUGCAAGCGAAUACAUCGUGGCGACGGGUUCGGGCGACAAGACUGUCGGCCUAUGGGACUUGAGAAACCUCAGCACCCACCUGCACUCGCUAGAAGCUCACAAUGAAGAAAUCUUACAGAUUGCGUGGUCCCCACAUCAUGAGACAGUUCUGUGCUCGGCAUCAGCCGACCGACGCGUAAAUGUUUGGGAUCUGAGCCGUAUUGGGGAGGAGCAGACCGCCGAAGAUGCUGAGGAUGGUCCGUCUGAGUUAUUGUUUGUGCAUGGAGGACAUAUUAGCCGCCCGACCGAUCUCUCUUGGAGUCCGCAAGAUCCUUGGAAGAUUGCAACGGCUGCUGAAGACAACAUCGUCAUGGUGUGGCAACCCGCGCGCUCUAUUGUCGAGUCUGUCGAGGCCGAGCCGGACGCAGCCGACCUGGAGUGA